UCUUUCUCUGUUGCCGUCCAACUCUCAAAUGCAGGCCGCGGGCGACAUUGGCCGACUUCGCCCCCCGGAGAGCCUCCCGGUUGCCCCCCGCCUCCCCGCUUCCCGUCCACACUCGACGGGUUCCGACAGCGAAGUCGUCGUGCCGCCGUGCUCGGGAAAAGCACGGAGGACGCGUCCGCGCUCGGGAACGCGUGCGGCCGUCGUCGCGUCCGACGGUCGCGGCGUGGACGAGGAGCCGCCGACGGUCGUCAACGGAGGCUGUCGCGCCGCCACCGAGGCCCGAAAUGACGGCGGCCGGCCCGUCUCCGUGAACCCCCCCGAGCCGGACUCGCCGGACCCGUCGGCCUCCUCCGAACUGAGCGACGACACUUCGCUCUCGGAGGAGGAGGAGGAGGAGGAGGAAGCCUGCGCCGGGUCCGAUCGGGUCGUCAGGCCUCACGCUUUGAGGACCAAACCGAACCUUUGCGUGUCCCUCAGCUGCGACGCCACUCCGCUUUCCCCCGCCGACGAGGGGGGCUUCAGUUUUGAGAAGCGCAGCGACUUGCGGGGAGUUUUUGAAGCGGGCCGCCGCAAGAGUGCACCUGAAGCGGACCUCCGGGCGCAGGCCAACUGCGACGAGACCGCUCUCACGCACAAGAGGUUCGGAAUUGUUCACUUCUUCACCAGGAACCUUUUCCCGAGGAGAGCCAAAGAGUCGGCGGUGCCGCCGUCCCACAAUGCACCAGGGUGGCGACUUUUCGGCAAGGCGAGAUUGGCCGCCAAAGAAGAAGAAGGAAAAGGAGGAGAGCUCGCCUCCUCGCCCACGGAGCAGGUGUCUCCUCAGCGCCCCCCAACGGCGGGCAGGAGGAAGAACCUGGACUUUGAGCCUCUCUCCACUACAGCGCUUAUCCUGGAGGACCGACCGCCGAACCUUCCCGCCAAAUCUGAGGAGGAGACGCAAAGACACAAACUUGAAUAUGAGGAGAUGGUGGCCGGGGCCAAGAGGAGAGAGUUGAAGGACGCUCAGAAGAAGAAGCGGCAGAUGAAGGAGAGACAUCGGCACGAGGACAGCAUCUCCAGCGCCAUGGUGGUGUGGAACACGCACAUCCUGCCGCACUGGGACGCCGUGAAGGGCACGCGUCGUGUGAAGGAAUUGUGGUGGCAAGGCCUUCCCCCUAGCGUGCGAGGACGCGUGUGGCGCCUCGCCAUCGGAAACGAGCUCAACAUCACAGCGGAGCUGUACGACAUCUUCCUGUGUCGCGCCAAAGAGAAAUGGAGGAGCUACAGCGAGACCAGCUCGGUCAACAACGACACCGAGAGCGACGGCGGCGCCUCGCUGGCCGACAGGGAGUCCAGCCUGGACCUCAUCAAGUUGGACAUCUCCAGAACUUUCCCCUCGCUCUUCAUAUUCCAGAAGGGCGGUCCUUACCACGACGUCCUCCACAGCGUCCUGGGAGCGUACACGUGCUACCGACCUGACAUUGGAUAUGUUCAGGGGAUGUCCUUCAUCGCCGCCGUCCUCAUCCUCAACCUUGAGGAGGCCGACGCCUUCGUCACCUUCGCCAACCUGCUCAACAAACCGUGCCAGAUGGCCUUCUUCCGCGUCGACCACGACCUGAUGCUGAAGUAUUUUGCCGCGUUCGAGGUGUUCUUCGAGGAGAACCUUCCGCGCCUCUUCGGCCACUUCAGGACCAACAAGCUCACGCCGGACCUCUACUUGAUUGACUGGAUCUUCACGUUGUACAGCAAAUCUCUGCCGCUGGACGUGGCGUGCCGCGUGUGGGACGUGUUCUGCCGCGACGGCGAGGAGAGCUUGUUCCGGACGGGCUUGGGCAUCCUGCGCCUGUUCCAGGACGUCCUGCUGCAGAUGGACUUCAUCCACAUCGCGCAGUUCCUCAGCCGGCUGCCCGAAGACCUCCAGGCGCACGCGCUCUUCGCCGCCAUGGCCGCCACGCACAUGAUCAGCAGGAACCGCCGCUGGGCGCAGGUGUUUUCCUCGCUGGCGAAGGACAAAACCAACGAGACGGCGGACACGAGCGGCAGCCCCGCCCUCAGAAGCUAACGCCAGCAUUUUGGCAGCCAUUUUGGAGUGUCUGGAAGCUGGCGUCACCUUCCUCCUCCCGCCUCUUCUGUUCCAUCCAGCGGCACGCCAGAAGCUCCUUGUUGCCGCUCAAUGUUCCCCCCAGCAUUUCUUCAUCUUCCACUCAGCUAUUUCACACUUUUGGUUUUUGUUUUUUGUGGAACAUAGAAUCUUUAAGGAAGUCAGAGUCUUUUUUUGUUUUGGCCAGUUAAAUAUGUCAAAGUUGAAAAACGAACUUCCUUAAGUGACCUGUGACACCCACCCAAAAACUCUUUUGUCACACGCGUGCACAACUUGUAACUCGCACUUGUGAGAUGCGCAACUUCGUAAGUCGCACACGCUCCUUCGGCACGGCUGCGACUCGCUAAGUUGCGUGCACGAAAGCCAAAAGCUACGCUUCGCUGGCGUCGGGCAAAAUCCUCACAUCUCUGAAAGGAGACCUGCCAUGUUUGUUGAGGCAUUCAUAUUGCAUCUUCAAACAGCACGAGACAUUUUCAGUACUGUACAUUACAGGUCAAACAAUUAAUCCACACAAAAAAUCUGAAUCAAAUUAAUAGGCAACCAUUUAGAUAACCGAUUGUUUUGAGACUUUUUUUGGUACUCAAAAUUGUCCAACUUGUGAUUUCGGCUUCUCGUCAGUAGAUUUGCCUGAUUUCUGUUGUCCUCUGUGAAAGCAGACUGUCUUGAAUCAAAAUAAGGCAUUUGCAAACAUCUGCGUGUACAUUUUCCCUAUUUUCUGACACGAUGCAGACCAAACCAGUAACUGAAUCGCGAGCCAUUUAUGGCAGAAAAUAUUAGCCAAUUGCGUCUGUUAUGAAACUAACAGAAUUAAUGACAUGAGCUUGAAGCUGAAGCAGCCUCAGCAGUGGACCUCAAACCGGUACGCCUUCCUUUGCAUGAAUUAGUCGCUCUCACGUUCACAAAGCUUAACAACUACAUCACUAGCACUCCUGUUUGAUUGCUUAUUCAUUUGGUUCUGUUUAAUCAUUAAAAAAAAAAAAACUAACUAAAAAACGAUUGCACACUAAACUGUAAUGGGAAAUAAUCGAUUCAUCGAUGGAAUAAUCCAUUCUAAAAAUAUUUGAUAGCUGCAGCCUUGACUUAAUUUGUCAAAAUAACAAACCCACGUGGGGACUGGGCAAAUGUAUCGAAACGUAUUUGUGGGGAAAUUACGAAAGUGAGCAAAUUUGGACAUCGGAGGUUUGGGCCCGACGCCAGCGAUUUGCAAUUUUGACUCCUUGCUGCAGGUGCGACUUACAUUUGGUCCAACUUUUGAAAUUCAGAACGCAUCGGUGUAACUUCGCAGAUCAGCUGCAGAGAUGCGCGCCACAUCCGAACUCAUCGUGCGGCCUCCAGGGUUCGCUGUUCCAGCCACCUUUGUUGGUUGUCGUGUCUUUUUUCUUGUCAGCGCAGCGGCGGACUCCCGAGAAAAGUGAAGCAAGCGCACCUCUUCCUCCUGUUUGUGACGCAGACAUUUUGGAGCGUCACAAAAGCCGUCGCCAAGACUCACUGGCCAACGAACAAACACAACCCCCAAAUCAAAUCAUGUUAUUGCUACACUCCCGACCAGCAGGGGGCAGCAUUGCAGCUAUAAAUGACUUGAAAGUGUCACUUGGAUAGGUGAAAAGUUCACACAUUUCAAUGACGCAUUGAGAUAAAUUCGAUGUUUUAAAUGAAACAACAUGGGUUCAUGUUACAAAAAUUGAUUUGAUUUAUUUUUUCUUUGUUUUCUACAUCAUGAAGAUGGUUGUUUUGUAAAUUUUUUAUGUACAGUGUUUUUUCCUAACACUUCACAGCUUAUGUAAA